AUGCGGCUCUCACCGUUCCUAUGUGCGCUGUUGUCCAUAGUGACGGCCGCGUGUGCCGCUCACACGUCGAAUUGGGCAGUUCUCGUUUCGACGUCUCGCUUCUGGUUCAAUUACCGCCAUCUCGCCAAUACCUUGUCCCUGUACCGAACAGUCAAACGGCUGGGCAUUCCUGACUCCCAGAUCCUCCUCCUCCUCCCGGACGACAUGGCAUGCAACCCGCGAAACGCGUUUUCCGGAACGGUCUACUCCAACGCAGACAGGCGCAUGGACCUGUAUGGCGAGAACGUCGAGGUCGACUACCGUGGCUACGAAGUGACGGUGGAGAAUUUCAUUCGCUUGUUGACCGACCGAUGGGAAGAGGGCGUGCCAGCCAGCAAGAGACUGCAGACGGACGAGGGAAGCAAUAUCCUCAUCUACAUGACCGGGCACGGUGGGAGCGAGUUUCUCAAGUUUCAGGACAGCGAGGAGAUCUCCAGUUGGGACCUCGCCGACGCCUUUUCACAGAUGAGGGAGAAGAAGAGAUAUAAUGAGAUGCUGUUCAUGAUCGACACGUGCCAGGCCAACACGAUGUACCGACAGUUCUACGCUCCGGGAAUCAUUGCCACGGGCUCGUCGGAGGAGGACGAGAGCUCAUAUUCCCACCACGCCGACAACGACGUCGGUGUGGCCGUGAUCGAUCGCUGGACGUACUACGUGCUGGAGUUUCUCGAGACCCAGGUCAGCGGUCCGACUUCGGACAAGACUCUCGGCGACCUCUUUGACAGCUACGACGUCGACAAAAUCCAUUCCAACCCGGGUGUCAGGUGGGAUUUGUUUCCUGGAGGAGAGCAAGCCGGUCGGAGUCGAAGGGUGGUGGACUUCUUCGGCAAUGUUCAGAGCGUCGAGAUUCAGGGCAACCGGUCAGACCGGGAGCUCUUGAGAGACGAUCUUGAAGGCCUGAGGCGUCUUGUCCACGAGUAUGAGGCAUUCGCUACCACGCAAGAAUCCAACGCCACGGAAAUGUCGGACGUUUUGCAGCGCAGAACCGAAAGCGCGAGCAAGAAGGGAUCCAAUCAGUGGACGAAGGAGACGCAAAAUCCAGUGGGGAGAAUGAAGACAUCUGAAACAACCCAGUGGACUCGCCGGGUGGGAGGAGCCACUGUCCUUUCAGGACUUGCAGCGUUGUGGUACUUUGCCCCGAAACUGGUGUGA